AGAGACCAGACUCCUUUUCCUGGUAACCCAAUCUCCCUCACUCUCAGUCUCACAGAGACCAGACUCCUUUUCCUUGUGGUAUGUGUAUGUAGGGCCAACGCGGAAAACACGCUGCAAACCUCGCGUCCAAAGCUGGUUUACCCGCCCAAACCCAGCAACAAUCCAUGUUGCCAAAAUGGCAGGCGCCAGAGUCCACUGCUUGUAUUGUAUCAGUUCCAGCGCAAAAAGUGCAACAGCGAUCAAAAGCGUGUGUAGACAUAUAUCCAGUGACCAGUGGGCAACGGUCACGACUCACACGCACGAACGUUCACUGAAUUCAUUUCAGGUUUUUGCUAUCACUCGAAAAUGACACGUCACCUCUCCUUGAGUACUUCAGUCGGACUGUAGGAGUAUCAGGUAUUAUCAUGCACUUCUUGUGAUGUGCAUCGACCGAAAUCUCUGCGUGGCGUGGACAUCCAAGCUUGCUUCACCCGGUGGAGAAACCAAAGCAUAGCCCAAAGGUUUUAUAUACAUCGUUCUAUCUAAAAUUCUAUAUAUAUAGCAGUGUCUUGAUGAGUAGAAUCAGCAGAAGGGUGCAGGUUCAGGAGGAGCUCUCUGCUCUCGAGGAAGGUCCAAAGAAGAUGGCGGGUGAGGUGGACGAGGACGUGCUGACGGAGAUCCUCGCGAGGCUGCCGUGCAGGUCGCUGGCGCGGUUCCAGUGCGUCUCCACGUCGUGGCGGCGCAUCAUCUCCAGCGACUACCUCCGCCGCCGGCUGCCGCUCAUCACGUCAGGGGUGCUCUACCACGACGACACGCACCGCGGCGGCGACGCGGACAGCGGCAGGAGGCAGCGGCAGGCGUACACGUACGCGUGCGCGUCAGGCGGCGUCGGCAGCGGUGGCGGCACGGCGGAGGCCCCGGACAUGGGCUUCUUCCCGCGCCACGACACGUCCACCAUCAUCGACGGCUGCAACGGCCUGCUGCUCUACUACUCCUCCCGCCCGACGGCGUUCCACGUCGUGAACCCAACCACGCGGCGGUGGGCGGAGCUGCCGCCGCCGCGCGCCAGGACGCUGCUCUCCGUGCUGGCGUUCGACCCCUGCGCGUCGCAGCACUACAGGGUGGUGUGCUUCACCGGGUGGCUUCCCCGGGGCGCCACCAUCGAGGUGUUCGACUCCGAGCGCGGCGCGUGGCGGGACCACGAGGUCGACUUCGGCCUCGACACCGACGCCAUGUCGGCCACCAUGCACUACUCCGGCGGCGCGCUCCACGUGCUGGCCUACUCGGGCCACGUCGUCCGCGUCGACCUGGACACCAUGGCGUGCGCGGUCACCGCGCUUCCGGCCCCCGUCAGCUGCCGGGCGCGCGCCGGGCACUGCCGCGGCCGCCUGCGGUUCGCGUCCAGUGACGGCGCGCGCCUCAGGAUCUGGGAGCUCAAGGACGCCGCCGGAGGCGAGUGGGCGCUGAAGAACGAGAUCGGGGUCAGCGACGUCGUCCCCGGCGGCGCGUCCCAGUCCAUCACGUUCUUGUUCAUGGCGUUCCACCCCGAGCGGGAGCUGGUGUACCUGUGGUCGCCGUGGAAGCUGCUGGCGUUCGACGUGGUCGAGAGGCGCGUCGAGGAGGAGUGGGUGUUUGGAUCGGAGAAAGAUGGCACGCAUCUCAUACAGGUUUGGCUGUUUCCAUUCUCGCGCCAUUUGGCCAACGCGCUGGCCUGAUUGGGCUUGCCGACGAGCCGAAAAUGGUAUGGCGCCCAAGUGUUCGUUGCCUAUCCACAAUGCUUUGGUUGCUACUAAAAGAUUGAUAAAAAUGUCAAAAUAGAAAACAAGAGUCAAAGACAGUAUUCGUCGCAAAAAAAAAGUAAUGAAACUGAAAAUACAUGUAAUACAUUACACGACAUGUUGUUCUGCUUAAAUCAUGAUUACUUGUAUAGGGACUAUUCGUCUGUAACGGUGUGUAAGCGUGGUACUGGUUGUGUCGUUAAUUUUCUAGUAAUGUUUAAGAAUAUAUGUGGUUCAAGUUACUUUGAAUGUUGGUAGCGACUCAGGCAAGUGGCAGUGGAGAUAUCAAGUUAUCAACUGAUGCGAUAUGACAGCUUACCACGUGUACUCUUAUUGUAAUCGUAUUAUAGAACGCUUGAGUUGAAAUCAUGCCACUCAUUUCGUUUU